ACUUAUCUUCAAGGAACAAAGCAGACUCCAUCUGAUUCCUUCUUUCUAGCGCUUUCACGAACCUUCUUCUCCCUAUAUAUAUAUACAACUAACCUCAACCAAACACCAAUUAUAAAAAGGAACUAAACCUUCAGUUCUUAGCAGCAUAAAUCAAAUAUGGCAAAGGCACGCACAGUUGGAAUAGCAAUGGACUUCUCUCCAACCAGCAAAUUAGCCCUUCGAUGGGCCGUUGAUAAUCUCAUCAACAGAGGUGACCAAAUCAUCUUGAUCAACGUUCAGCCUCCCAAAGCUGAUCAUACCAGAAAGGAGCUUUUUGAGGACACUGGUUCACCUUUGGUGCCUCUGGAGGAAUUGAGGGAGACUAACUUUACAAAGCAAUAUGGGAUUGCUAGGGAUCCUGAAGUCAUAGAUGUCCUUGACACUGCCUCCAAGACUAAAGGGGCAAAGGCAGUGGCGAAGGUUUACUGGGGUGAUCCAAGGGAGAAGUUGUGCAGUGCUGUGCAAGAUCUUCAACUUGACUCUUUGGUUGUUGGAAGCAGGGGUUUAGGUCCCAUAAAAAGGGUUUUGUUGGGCAGUGUAAGCAAGCACGUGGUGACAAAUGCUUCUUGCCCCGUUACAGUGGUUAAGGGAAACUAACCUUCCAAUUUCAGCCGUUGAUCUGAUAGUGAAUAAUUAGUUUGCGUCUAUAUGAAGAAAUUCCAGAAGUUUGAUUGAAAGGUGCGCGUGGACAGGGAAAUGAAUCAUAGCUGUUAUGAAAUGAGAGUAAUGAGAAAGCUUUGGCUUCAAUAAUUGCCUCUUUUUUUGUGUGGUUAUUUUGUACAGUGUUAGUAACCAUCAUUACUAUGUCUUAUGAUAUUUACAUAUCUCAUAAUGAUAGGAAGGUAUAUGUCAUAUUGCUAUUAAAUAAACUCUGGGAUUGAAUGGAACGAAAUCUUUGGAAGAGAGGUUUUUGGUUGCAAUCGAAUAUCUGAGAAUUCAUCACUAGAUUGUCACACGUGGGUGAGAUGUACCACAAUAAACAUAGAUGUACUUGUCAUGGAUUUGUUCAUGAGGCUAACUGUGCUAACCUCCAGAGCCUGUAAUCUGCUCUCCGAAACAAUAGCUUUAUGAACUGUGCCCAAACAAACAAAGGUCAAUCAAUAGAAGAUAACA